AUGACGUGGUCGCACAACGAGCAGUGGUUGGUCUCAGCAGAUCACGAAGGAUUCAUAAAGUAUUGGCAACCAAACAUGAACAAUGUUCACAUGUAUCAGGCACAUAAAGAUGAGCCCGUUAGAGGGUUAUCGUUCGCCCCAACUGAUGUAAAAUUAGCGUCCGCAUCUGACGACGGGACAGUCCGUAUAUGGGAUUUUGCUAGAUGUGUGGAAGAAAGAGCUAUGCGUGGUCAUGGGUCGGAGGUAAGAUGUGUUGCCUGGCAUCCAUUCAAGGGAAUGAUAGUGACAGGUUCGAGGGAUUCUCAGCAACCAGUGAAGCUGUGGGAUCCGAGGACAGGAGACUGUCUGACGACAUUGCAGGAUCACAAAAGUUCCGUAAUGGCCGUUGAUUGGAACCGAAACGGUAACUGGCUGCUGACGGCGGGUCGUGAUCAUCUUGUCAAACUCUAUGAUCUGCGCACUAUGAAAGAGAUGUACUCUUACAAAGGCCACAAGAAAGAAGUCACUUCAAUCUCCUGGCACCCUAUUCAUGAAGGGCUUUUUGUGUCUGGUGGAGGAGAUGGUUCUAUCGCCUACUGGCUAGUAGAGAACGAGAAGGAGGUUGCCUUCCUCGAGCAUGCUCACGAUCAAGCUGUUUGGGCCAUGAAGUUUCAUCCCAUGGGCCAUAUAUUGGCAACAGGUUCGAAUGACAACAAUACAAAGUUUUGGGCCCGAAACCGACCUGGUGAUACUCAAGAGGAUAUAUUUGGACUAGCUUCAUUCACGACCAAAUAUGGAUUAGCGGCAUUGACUAAUGAACGCGAGCCCAAAAGCACAUUUUGUUUUUUUUCUGUACUCUCGACGAGGAAAUACCUUGCUCCAGUUAUUCCUGGAAUGGGUCUCGAUGGUGAAGUCGUUGAGAAAAUGAAUCGUGACAUUACAUCUAAUCCAGCUACUGCCCACCAUACAAUGCUCUUGAUGCCAGAGGAUUUGAAUGCACGGCAUCAGCACAACGCAAAUAUCGGAGCGAAAAAGACGUUGAUCAAACAGCCACCUCCCAAAAAGGCGCAGAGACAGUUUGAGCGUAUGUGGAAUGUGUCGAAGCCAGGAGGCGGUGGUUUUGACGACUACGAUGACGAACCUGAGGAGGAAAUGUUCCAAGCGCAGCAGCAACGCCCUCGCCAAGGACUGCUUGGUCAGGCGCCUCCUCCAAUGUCUAUGCUCGCACAGACGGUGAAAGCCCAAUCAGCAGCUGCUAUCGCGGCAGGAUUUGCUGGUGGAUUUGCUGGUGCACAGAAGCUUGGCCUUCUUCCUCCAGGUAUGCCCCCUGGUUGGAAGCCUCAAGGCUCUAGUACACCUUCUUCAAACAUGGAUGAAAAGUCGUCGUCUGGAAAAUUGCCCGUCACUUCUAGCGAACAAGGACGACCACCAUUGCCGAGUCAUCGCGGACCUUUGAUCUCUAAUGCUCCCACUCCAACUUCUAAUUCAACGCCCUCAUCAACUUCCAGUGGACCUCCAUCAACGAAUGCUCCCAGAGCGUCACUGCCAAUGCCACCUCAACGACCUCCAUUUCCACAUUUACCUCCUUCGAUUCCGCCUGGUAUGACACCACAGAUGCUGGCGGCAGCUGGCAUAUGGCCACCUGGCGUUCCGAUGCCGCCUUCAAUAGCUCAAAAGCAGGCUCCACCACCAAGUGAAGAGGAUAUGGAACAGGAUCAGGAUUAUCGGCUGGGCAGUUCUUCAAGAUCUUCUGGAGAUGUAGAUCUUCGGGCAAGUCAAGCGCCAGCGCCUCAACGACAGAGAGGACCGCCGCCAGGUCACCGCUUGCCUGACAACAGGAUGGGACCACCUACAGACUCGAGGAGACCACCGGGAGAGAUGAAUCAUCCUUCGGCAAACCACGAACAGCGAUUAAGAAAUCCUGAAGAUGAUGUCCGUGAUGCUCGUCCACGGCGACCACAG